CAACGGCGACAUCCGUUAGUAUGGUUCAACCUGCAUGGAUUGGCGAUUACACACGACAUCUCAAGGAAAAAAAGAAAUGUCAAAAGUGACGGGAGACAAACACGCGUCCUGUGUGAAUACCUCGUCUCUUUACCAACAAGAUAAAUUGACUUGAAUAUCAACUGACGCGACAUCGUGUAAUCUGAUCAAUGGGGAAGCGAUAACGGUCGGUUUUUAAGAAAACGCAGUACGUUGCGUGAUGUGGUUUUUCAGAACACUGUACGACACUGACACGAUAUAGACCUAAGCGGGAAGUGGGAGAUUUUAUAUGUGCUCUGCGAAUGAAAAGAAUUGUCUCUUUCUGGACAAUUAAUUUAACUCUCCAACGUUGUAGUUUUCAUUUCAAAACGGUGUCAGUUAUCAGUGAAGUAAGCGCGGUGUCAUGACUAUAAAAAGCAUAGGUUUCUACGAACUAUUAACAUUUUAGUGCGCGGAGGUUAAACAAUUAAAAGUAUCGCUUGGACUCAAAGUGCAUCUCUAGCAAAAAAAAGAAGAGGAUAAAUAAGAUUUUUAUAGUGAUUAAUUUUCAUGCUAAAAUAAUAAACAUGCAACGCAUGAUGUCAUCAUGAUAUGCGCAAAUACUUGCGCACUAUGAAUUAGAGAAUAUAUCAAUAUCGCUAAAAGAUAGAAAUUAGCGAUCAGCAAUGUAUCGGCCUUAAUAACAUAAAAUUAAAAAAAAAAAGACUAACAAUACGUACGAUAACCGAUUGCAAUUAAAAUAAAUAGAUAAAAGGAAAGUAAUUAUAAAUAAAAAGUGAAAUAUUAAGUGAUAUAACGAUUGUGAUUGUUUCCGAUCUCUCCGAAGAUGUUGUGCUUACCGACCUUCGCCAAAACAUGUUUGGCGUUUUUAUUGCUAUUUACGCUAUACUUUAUCGGCAUGGACGUACUGCUUUAUUUCCGAGUGCAGAAUUACGAUGUGCGACCGCGCGUAAACAACACGUUGACCUCGCCGUAUCACUCGCCGAUCUCGUGCGACCUAAAUCCACUAUGCACAGUGACGGUAAAGGCCAUGAUGUUGGAUCAUCCUAAUCACUAUGUCUUGAGUCCGCUGGCAGCCCUUGUGGAUGAUCUGCUGGGCAUCAGUCGUUUCUGGACGUGGGUGACGCCGAAUGCAAUCAGCGCUUCUCAUGUUGUCGUGGCUGUGAUCGGUGCUCGAUACGUCACGCGAAGUUCUCUUUCUCAUAGACGAGUGGGCGUCCUUUUAUUUCAAGUCAGAGCCUGGUUAGACGAUCUGGACGGUCACGUAGCCAGAACCAGACUGAACAUCAAAGGUGAGAGAUCAGACGUCGGUUCCAUCGGUUACAUCGUGGACGGUGUGUGCGACGGCCUUGGCUGCAUCGCUCUUUUGAUCGGAAUAUUCUUCUUCCUGAAGCGCAAUCCCAAUCGUCGCGCUGGUUACGAACGACUGCCUACCACUUGGAUUUCAUUGUCAUCGCCUUCGUUGUCCUCGUCGUCUUCAUCGCCAUCGCCACAUUGCACUGUCCCCUCCUGGAAAUCACCUUUAUAUAAUGUGCUGAUGGUGGGUCUUCACUUUUCUCUGUCAAGCAUUGGCUGGAAUCGAUACAUAACUUUGUAUCAAGAUCUCCUGGAGACCGACAGGAGAGAUGUCUUUCUGAUCAGUCAGGAAGACCUUUACAAUAAGCAGACCGCCGUCUUCAGAAGCCCGUCCUUCUGGUCCAUUACUCUUGCCUGGAAGCUUUUCAAUUUUCAUGCGAUGAUGGAUUAUCUGCUGCUGGCGAUAUUCGUGGAUCGCGUCUGGGAGUAUGUCAGACUCGCAUGGUGGCAAUUACCCGCCGUCCUGUUGUUGCUUAGCCUUAUCACCGAACUUCAUUAUACUAACGCGUACAUGGAAAUAUCGUCGGUGAAAGAAAAUUUGCGAUUCUUUUCCUUAUAUACGCUUCCUGGUCCAUGACAGUCUAGUUUUUGUUAUAUAUAUACGUCUCGCGUUCUUACGUAUUUUUAAUGACGACAGUUCAAUUGAAGAGUUUAUUUCCAAAUCGUAUUAAAUAUCUUUAUAUUUGUUUUUUGGGGUUUUUUUUCACAAUAUUUAUGGGUUAUGUUCAUAUAAAUGUAUAUUCUCUAUAAUUUUUUUUUUGUGUGGACAGAUUGUGAAGAAAGGUUGAAAGAAAUAAACUUUUCAAUCAUAAAGCCUGUGAAACUAUGUUGUGAAUGUCUUUUUUUUGUUUUAGUAGAGUAUAACUAAUGAUUCUUUUGCAAUAGUCAAAACACAUAUCUAUAUUUUUCACAUUUUUUAAACUGAUUUUCUAGUAAGUAAAAAAAGUAAAUAUUUUACGCAAUUACCAUGACUAAAAUUAUAACAAUCAUUUCGCGUUUUGAUCUUGAAAGUCAAACAAUAUUUCAAGAAAGAACAUAUUUCGUAGGAAGAUGCAAUAUGAAAUUACAAAUUAAAAAAAAAAAAAAAAACUGCUUAAAACGACGAUUAUUACGAAUUAACUACGUAAUUUUAUUCUUGAAAGUGUUCGAUAUAUUAAUAAACAAGUAAAAAGUCAUUUUUACGUGUCAUGUAACUUGUGUUGUUAUAUAUUAUAAUUUAUUGACGUUUUAUCGUAUAUAUAGUAAUAUAUAAAAUUAAUAAUAAUUUUUA